UUUAUUCCUGUGCUUCCGUACUCAUCCCUUCACGCUCUCCCAAACAGCCCCUCUCUCUCUCUCUCUCUCUCUCCGCGUCUCCUUUUCCUUCCGGUAUAAAUAAAGAGCAAAUCUGCGACAACAAUUAUUAUUAUAUUCCCAUUCCCCAUUCCUGAUUCUCAUUCUCCCUUUCUCUUUUAUUCUUCUUCUCCUCGACCUCCAUUAAUGGCGCCGCCCCCCUCGUCUUCGGCUUCGACGGAGAGGGAGACGAUGACGACGAGGAGGAGCGUGCUCGUGACGGGGGGCGCGGGGUUCAUCGGGAGCCACACCGUGCUCCAGCUCCUCAGGGAGGGGUUCCACGUCUCGAUCAUCGACAACCUCGACAACUCCGUCCCCGAGGCCCUCGACCGCGUCCGCGCCCUCGCCGGCCCCGCGCUCGCCCAAAACCUCCGCUUCUUCCUCGGAGAUUUGAGGAGCAAGGAGGACCUGGAGAAGGUGUUUUCUUCAAAAAGGUAUGAUGCU